AAAACAGCAGCAUUUUAUCUAUUUAUUUGUAGAUUCUCUCCACUGCACUUCCAGCAUCCAUCCCUUCCUCCAUCCAUUCUUCCAGCCACACUGACUUGCUCGCCGGUAGAUGCUCCUGUCUCUGACGAUCUUCCUGUGGAAACUCCAUCGAUAUUUCUGCAUCAUGUUCAGCUCAGACAGGCUCACGGUGCCGGAAUAUGUCAGCCGGCUGCAGAGAGGGAGGAGCGGCUCCGGCUCCGGCUCCGGCUCCGGCUCCGUCACCCCUAGGCCGGUCUCGCCCGGCAUCGCCGCAGACGUGCAGGCGGUUCUGGACAUCUCCCUCCCCGCCCUGCGCUCAGCCAUCAGGAGGCUGAAGUCAGCCAAGGAGCUGGAGAAUUUAGAGGAGACCCGCACUGCCAUCGGGGAGAUCUUCCGGCUGGUGGAGGAGGCCUGGGUUUUACCUACCUUGGGCCGUCAGGUGGCUGAGGAGAUUUGCAAUAGGAUCCGGCUGGAUGGAGGCCUGGAGCUGCUGCUUCAGUUGCAGCAGUCACCAGACGUGGAGAUCACGUAUGAGUCAACCAAACUCAUGGAGCAGAUCCUGAUCUCAGAGAAUAGAGAUUAUGUCGCUCGUGUGGGACUGGGCGUCAUCCUCAACCUGACUCGGCAGCAGGAAGAUGCCCAGCUGGCCCGCAGCGUGUCAGGAAUCCUGGAGCACAUGUUCAAACACACAGAGGAGACAUCUGUCAACCUCAUCUCCAACGGUGCCCUGGAUGCCCUCCUGUACUGGUGCCGGGGUACAGACCCCACUGUUCUGCGACACUGUGCUGUGGCCUUGGCCAACUGUGCCAUGUACGGAGGCCACCGCUGCCAGCGCUGGAUGAUCGAGAAACAGGCAGCUGAGUGGCUGUUCCCACUGGCCUUCUCCAAAGAGGAUGAACUAAUUCGCUUCUAUGCAUGUCUGGCUGUGACAGUAUUAGCAACAAAUAAGGAAAUCGAAAAGGAGGUGGUCAAAUCUGGAACCUUGGAGUUGGUGGAGCCCUUCAUCGCAUCUCUGGAUCCAGAAGAAUUUGCUCGUAGCUUACUGGACAGUGCAGACAGCAUGCAGGGGAAAACAGCAGCCGAUCUGCAGCAUCUCAUACCUUUACUGGACGGCACCAGGUUGGAGGGAAAGUGCAUUGCGGCUUUUUACCUCUGUGUUGAGACGAGCAUCAAGUCUCGGCAGCGCAACACAAAGAUUUUUCAUGAGAUUGGAGCCGUGCAGAGUCUGAAGAGAAUUGCCAUGUAUUCUAGUAACGGUACAGUCUCAGCCCUUGCCAAGAAGGCUCUGGGUAUGAUGGGAGAGGAAGUACCGAAACGUAUCCUGUCAGGUGUUCCCAACUGGAAAACGGGUGACGUCCAGAGGUGGCUGCAGCAGAUAGGCUUCAGUGCCUAUUGUGACCGUUUUAAGGAGCUGCAGGUGGACGGAGACCUGCUGCUGAACAUCACAGACCAGGAUCUGAUCAAUGAUCUGGGCAUGACUGUAGGCCUCACCAGGAAAAGAUUCCUAAGAGACCUGCGUUUGUUGAAAACAUAUGCCAACUACGCCACAUGUGACCCGAACAACAUGGGCGACUGGUUGGUGGAGGUGGACCCCCGUUUUCGUCAGUACACCUACGGUCUGUUGCAGUCGGGUGUGGAUCGCCACAACAUUGAGAAGCUGACGGAUCAGCAGUUACAGCACGACUGCCACAUAGACAACGGGAUCCACAGAGCCAAGAUCCUGAGUGCCAGCCGCCGGCCUUUUAAACCCUGUCACACUGACGCACAGCCUGCAGGACCGGACGUGUUCAUCAGCUAUCGUCGGACAACAGGCUCCCAGCUGGCCAGCCUCCUCAAGGUCCACCUGCAGGUCCGGGGAUACAGCGUCUUCAUCGAUGUGGAGAAGCUGGAGGCUGGCAAAUUCGAGGACAAACUGAUUCAGAGUGUGCAGCGAGCGCGCAACUUCAUCUUGGUCUUGUCCGCCAACGCCCUCGACAAGUGCAUGGGUGACACUGGCAUGAAGGACUGGGUUCACAAGGAGAUUGCCACAGCCUUGGCUGGGAAGAAGAACAUCGUUCCUGUGACGGAAAAUUUUUUGUGGCCAGACCCCAUGUCUCUGCCGGAGGACAUGAGACCCAUCCUCAAAUUCAACGGCAUCAAAUGGUCCCACGAGUACCAGGAGGCCACCAUCGAGAAGAUCCUACGAUUUCUGAAUGGACAUCCGGACCAAAGUGACGGCUCCCAUUCUUCCAAGGAGCAGAAGAAAAACUGUGCUGAUAAAACCACAUAAUCAACUCAACGGUAACAAGUGAUUCCAACGAUGCCAAACUGUCACAUGGCUUUCGGCGAACAGGCCAGCAGCUUCCUUCACUCUAAUGCAAUACAUGUGAAGUGAAUUUGAUUACAUGCUCUCAUUAAGACCUGAUGUAAAUACACUUGACCUAGUAUGAGCUGACAGUAAAUCAAAUCAACGCGGGGGACCACCGUGGUAGAGAACAUGUAACAACCUCUAUGAUAUUAACCUCCCCGUGCUGCUGUUAAUGUAUAAUCAAUAACGCCUUCUGUCUCUCAGGUAAUUUACUCAGAGCCACAGUCACUGGCACCAAGCAAAAUCAUCAGCAGCUUUGUCUGAAGAGCAUGGGCUAACACUUCAACCCACUAACCAAACAUUAACCAGGACCAAAGCUGGUCAAUGUCUUGACUGACACGUUUAUGAUUUUACUAGAGAUGUCUGAUAUUAGCAUAAUUAUGAAAUAUCUGUAAGAAUCGUGGACUAAAACAGUUUUUUCUCCGAUAAUGAAAACCCAACAACGCAAUACCUGGGUUUCUCCAAAUUAUGUGUGCUCUAAAAAAAAGCGAUAAAUGGCUGUAUAUUAAAGUUAUAAUAAUAAUAUUAGCAACACAUACAGUGGUGUGUACAGAUAAAUAAAUAAAUAAAUAUCACCAGGCCUUUAUCGGUAUCGGUAGAUGUCAUAAUCGGAAAAAUAAGUGUUUGGAUAAUACCGGCAUAUCGGAUAUCGGCAAAAAGUUAAUGUCUGACAUCCUUAGUUUUUACUGCUGUGACAACGUUAUUCACUGACGAUAGCAGUAAUGGAAAAUAAAGGCUUUGUUCUGAAAAAUGAUGGGAUGUUGUCAAUAUAACUGCACGAUGUGUUGAAACAAAAAAUGUAGGUUAUGGAAAACAGAUAUACUGUGAUAUUAAAUGUUUAAUCUUCUCCGAAACGGAAUAUUAACUUUCAGAUUAACACUAACUCCUGCAAAAAUCAACAAGUGGGAUUUUGUUUUCCAACCAGGACAUUGGAACAUUGCUCAAAACAAACUGCAAUUGUGUGUGUUUAUUUGUUAACUUGUGUUUGUUUAUUGUGUAAUAGGUAAAAAAAAAGUUUUUCCCCCAAACAAACAAAGGAGUGAGAAUUGCAUUUAAACUCAAUAAAAUCCUGCAACAUGGGGAACUCUGACGAGAACUGUGGCACAGACACGUGAGUGAGUUAAAUAUUGACAGAAGUGAAGCACAGCAUGAGACAGAACAUUUGUAAAAUCCAAAUUUAACCAAAGCAGGUUUUUUCUCUACGUUACAUCAUCUCUACCCGAAAUUUAAUUUAGCACAGGAUUCAACUGAUUUUUGCCUUAAUGUUUGUUUUCUAUUUCAUUUUAUAUGAACAAAUAUUUUUUUUAAGUAGGAAUAUAAUAGAUAAUGAUGACUUCUUAUUUUUUUAAUUUAACUGUUGUCUUUAUUUAAAUGUUCUCAGUGUGUUUAGAAAAAGCAAUUUCUUUGUUAGUUUGACACCUGACAAAUAAAACGUAUUAUGAAAUCAAAACAAAUAUUCU